GCGUGCUAACGUGUCUGCCAGCUCGCCGCCCAUCGAUCGUAAUGCAGUGUGCUAUAUCAAUUUCUGUAGGUUUUAACGUUAAAACAAAAAAAUAUUAUUAUAAAUGUGCACAAGCAUGUAUUUCAAAAGCAAUAGGGAAAACAACAAUUUUAAUCCCUAGCCUCGUCGUGACGAGAUACGAAUCCACGGCUAAAAAUAGUAGAGCUUAUGGUCGUUAAUUACUUUGUUAACAUCUAUGGAAGUCCAAGUGCGCUGAAGAGGUGAAUCGCCCUAACUCACUGCUUAUCUAUGGAAACGGUAAGCUGACAAAGAUACAUCAUCAAUAUUUUCCAUUUACAAAGACUAAAAGAAGCUGUUGUACAGAACAGAUGUAAACAUGGAGAAAUUCAACUGUUUGCAGCUUCAUCAGGUAUUGACAACGAUAAAAGUUUGUUGAAGUUUCAGAGAGUAUAUGUUUGUAGAAAGAAAAUAUCCAAAGGAAAAGAAGAAAAAACAUCUGUAUAUUUUGACUUGACUUGACUUGAGACAGCAUUCACCCGGGGUGGGUUGAGCUGGCUUCAUUCAUCCUCAAUGCUGCAUCUCUCACAAACGCCGACCAGACCUGGCGAUUUGAAGCUAACGACCGCGUGAUUUCCAACCACUCCUUAUUCCAUUGGCGAAUGCCGUAGACAUGGGGGUCUAGGUUGGGUUCCAGAUCAGCCUUGACUGUCAUCAGCCAGGUUAUUCGUUGUCCACCACAUCGCUUUCACCAACCCUGAAGGGGAGCUGGGGCAAUUGCUUCGUAGAUGAAUUCUCCUGGUUGACGACGGAGGGCAAAUAUUCCUCAUGUAUAUUUUGGUGAGCAUAGAAGUAUGGAAAACAAGCUGAAUUAUAAAACAAAACGUAAAAAGGCUGAUUUUUCUGAAACGGCUCAUAUCAGCAGACAUAAAUAUACUCAAACAGGUUAUCAUUCAUACGACGACGUCUCUGGUAAAUUAUUCCCUCAAAAGAUUAUGGCAGAUCAAAAAUGCAGUUAUAUGAAAAAGAAGCCAUACCAAUGUAAUAUCUGUGGUAAGGCUUUCUCUGAGCGUAGUGACGUAUGUAAACACAAACGUACUCAUACAGGUGAGAAACCACAUCGCUGUGAUGUCUGUGGUAAAUCAUUCUCUGAAAGUGGUAAUUUAAGUAGACACAAACGCAUUCAUACAGGUGAGAAGCCAUAUCGCUGUGAUGUUUGUGGUACCUCUUUUACUUUAAAUGGUCAUUUAACUCGUCACAAACUCACUCACACAGGUGAGAAACCAUAUCGGUGUGAUACCUGUGGUGAAUCUUUCUCUCGAAGUGUUCAUUUAACUAAACACGAACGUAUUCAUACAGGUGAAAAGCCAUAUUGCUGUGUUACCUGUGGUAAAUCAUUCUCUCGGAAUGAAUACUUAAUUAAGCAUAAACGCACUCAUACAGGAGAGAAGCCAUACCAUUGUGAUACCUGUGGUAAGUCAUAUUCUGAUCAUAGUUCCUUAAUUACUCACUCACGUAUACAUACAGGUGUGAAACCAUUUCGCUGUGAUGUCUGUGGGAAAUCUUUUGCUCUAAAUAAUUAUUUAACUAACCAUAAACGUACUCAUACGGGAGAGAAGCCAUACAUUUGUGACAUCUGUGGUAAAUCAUUUUCUCAGAGAAGUUCCUUAAAUAACCACUUGAAUAUUCAUGCAAGAGGGAAACCAUUCUGCUGUGAUGUCUGCGGAAAAUCUUUUACUUUAAAUAGUUAUUUAACCAGUCAUAAACGCAUACAUUCAGAAGAGAAGCGAUAUAGUUGUGACUUGUGUAGUAAAUCAUUUUCUCAAAACAGUACCUUAUUUAACCACUUACGUAUUCAUGCAAAGAAGUAACCAUAUCACUAACAAGUCUUACCCUGAAAUAAAUCUCUAUAUAUAUAAACAGCAAAUUAUCCGUGUGUGUGUCCUUUAUACAAAUCCACAAUUUUUCAGUUAGAGGGCUCGCACUUUCUAUGGUCGUUCAAAACUGUCCAGGAGUGGUCGUGCACAUCUUUACAUUUCCCAAGUCACCCCGCAAAGCCAUUAAAAAAUCAAUAGAAGUGACUUCUAUGCAGCCAUAGAAAACACUGCCAAAUUAGACUAGAGCCUGGCGCAGCCUUCCAGCAUGCCAGCCCAGUCAAACUGUCCAACCCAUACCAGCAUGGAAAGGGGACGUUGAUGAUGAUGAUUGUUAAUUUAUGAAUUCAAUUUAAUGUGAAAUGUAA